AUGGAAAAUGGCGGUGGCCUCGAUAAACCGCAUGCGCGCGUUGUAGUUGUCACCAAUCUGACCCGAAACGUUGUCGAAGCUCACCUGAAGACCAUCUUUGGAUUCUAUGGCGAGAUUACUAAGGUAGACUUACCAUUGUUUGGAAAAUCGGGGCAGAACAGAGGGAAAGCAGCUUUGGAGUUCGCGGACCCCAAAGCAGCGCACGAAGCAUCGUCGCACAUGGACGGCGGCCAGAUUGACGGCGCUAUCAUAAAAGCCGAGCUCUCAGACCUCCCUAUCCGCUCGCCAUCACCGUCUCGUCCUCGCAUCCGGAACGGACGUGACAGGCCUCGUUCUCUCUCGCGCUCACCUUCUCGCUCUCUCACGCCUCCUCCACGCAGAUUUGCACGACGUGGAGGGUAUGAGCCGCGACAGGAUGAUACCUACAGGCCAAGGUACGGACGUCGGGGACCGCCUCCUUUGCGAGACACCUAUCGACCCGUGUCGCGCUCGCGCUCUCGUUCGCCAAUUCGCGCCAGGGAUCGCUUCCCGCCCAGGCGGAGGUCACCCAGUUACAACCGUGGUCGCCGCCGGACUAGGUCUCCAAGCUAUUCUGUCCGUUCCAGUCGCUCACGUACCCGAUCACCAUACUCCCGCUCCCGCUCUGCAUCAUAUUCUUCAUACUCAAGGUAUUCUCGCAGCAAGAGCAGGUCUAGGUCUUAUAGCAGAGGCCGAAGAAGUUAUAGUCGGGAUGAUAUUAGGGAUAGCAGGUCCAGGUCUCCUCGAUCACCCUGA